AAUGUCAAUAAGACAUCUAAUACCUAACUUCACAUUGCAUCCAAAUUUACUUUUUUAGUAUAAAAAACCAUGGCUAGUAAAGCAAUAAGAGUUGGAGUAAAAGAAGUACGACCUUUGCUAUCUAUUGAUAGUGAAGAAGCAAGAAAACGUGUUUUGAACUUGUACAAAGCUUGGUACCGACAAGUUCCAUAUAUCGUGCGAAGAUACGAUAUUCCCAAAAGUCAACAACAAUGCAGAGAUAAAUUAAGAGAAGAAUUUUUGAAAAAUAAAGAUGUAACCGAUAUUCGAGUUAUUGAUAUGCUGGUGGUUAAAGGUCAAAUGGAAUUAAAAGAAACCGUUGAAGUUUGGAAACAAAAAGGGCAUAUAAUGCAAUUUUUCCAAGAAACUAUAGAACCUAAACCAAAAGAUUUCUUAUCCAAGUUCUUACAAAACGUUCAAUAAAUUUAUAAAUGUACGAACUUAAACUAGUAUGUAUAUGUAAAUAAUAUAUUUAAUAAAAGAUGGUUCAACUAUAAAAA